AGAUUUUUGAAAUGGCUGCGCACAAGGUCAACUUCAUCACUGGCAAUGCCAACAAGCUGCGCGAGGUCAAGGCUAUCCUCGAGCCAGAGAUUGAGGUGACGAGCAAGUCUAUUGAUCUUGAGGAGGUGCAGGGUACGCUUGAGGAGGUUACAGAGUCCAAGUGCCGCAGGGCUGCUGAGUUGGUGAAGGGCCCUGUGCUGGUCGAGGAUACCGCGCUGUGCUACACGGCGCUGGGUGGUCUUCCUGGAGCGUACAUCAAGUGGUUCUUGACUACCAUCGGUCACCAGGGUUUGAACAACCUCCUGGCUGCUUAUACCGACAAGUCUGCCGAGGCUGUCUGCACAUUUGGCUACUGUGCUGGACCAGGCGAGAAGGUCAUUCUCUUCCAAGGCCGCUGCCCCGGCAAGAUUGUUCCUGCUCGAGGACCCAAUAACUUUGGAUGGGAUCCUGUCUUUGAGUAUGAAGGCCAAACGUUCGCCGAAAUGGACAAGGUUGAAAAGAACAAGAUCUCCCACCGAAGCCGCGCGCUGGCCAAGCUGCAGGCUUGGUUCAAGGAGCAGCAGUAAAAGAUUCGGUGAUAGAAAAACAUGAGAGACUACGGGAUGGUGGCAUAGUCUGUGAGACUAGAGGUUUUUUCGCAAUUAGAUGAGCAAAACGACUUCCAUGCAGAGAAAAAAAGGGGGAGAUAGACAGCUUACUAUAGCACUUCGAACUGGUUGUACUUGCGG